ACCAACAAACUUCAAGGUUAAUAUCAUCCUGUCUGUAAUGAUUCUCAUCUCCAGCUUAACAUAAAUAAGUAGAUCAACAAGUUGACUGAACUAACGUACUUGAGACAUAAAUUACCGAUGUAAAUUACUCAUGAAACUUGUUCAUGGGAUCUCGUGUCGCUACGUGAAAAACCAUAAUCAACAAAUUGCUGUUAUAGUUAUGUACCUACAAUGUAUUUAAGUAAGUAUGUAACUUGCCAAUAUUUACAUACAUAUGUAUGUAGCUAUCACUAUUCUGACAUCACUUGCUGGUCCAGGGAAAUAUUUACAUUUCUUUUUGAGGAUCCCGACGAGUUAUUAAUUUUUGGACAAAAUGAACCGACGUGGAAACGAAGGCAGUGACAACUUUGGGGGGCAAGUAGGUCAAGGAGAUCGUGAACAAUGUCACACUUGUGGGGGCAGUGGAUCAGUGGAGGUCAAGAAAAGCAGGUCAUAUUUCUCCUGGGGUGGCAAAGGGGGAAAGGGGGCAGAUGGGGCGCAAGACGGUCAGAAUGGGGGUUGGUUUAGGGGUGGGAGAGGAGGCAAUGGGUCGUCUGACAGAAGUCAAACCAGCGGACAAGAUGGGAACUAAUUUUAAGCGAUGGGAAUCAUUUAUUCGUCGUAUUUUUUUCGAAUUUCUUAGCGAUCUACGAGGCAACAUAGUUAUACAUACAAUUAGUUGAUCAUUCAAAAUUGAUGUACAUUUAUUUUUUAUUUAAUUUCUCGACCUGAUGAAGGAAUAACCAUUCCAAAAGCUAGAAAUUAUUACUUAAGUAUGUAAUACCAUGUCGUCAGAAUCUCUGCUUUAAAAAAAUAAAUAAAUUUCAAUCCUGAAAAA